AUGGACAAACUUUUAUACCAAAAAAUUUCUUUCUUUUUAUGAAAUUUAAUAAUUCUAAUAUGAUUCAUGGGGGUAUAUCUAAAUUUGAAUGAAACUUCUAUUUUUCUUGAGUGAUCUUUAGGGGGAGGUAGAAUUAAUUUAAGAGCAACUCUUCUUUUUGAUUAUGUAAGUUGUUUUUUUCUAAGAGUAGUUUUAUGUAUUUCUUCUAAUGUAAUUUGGUACAGAAAAAGAUAUAUACAUUCAGAUAAAGAUGCCAACCGAUUUAUUUUACUAGUCUUGGGGUUUGUAAUUUCUAUAAUAUUUUUAAUUAUUAGUCCUAAUAUUUUAAGAAUUAUUUUGGGCUGAGACGGCUUAGGGCUAAUCUCUUAUUGUUUAGUUAUCUAUUACCCCUCUAAGAAAUCAAGAAGUGCUGGGAUAUUGACAGUAUUAACUAAUCGGGUUGGGGAUGUAUGUAUCCUUUUAUCAAUCGCCUGGUUUUCUAUAGUAGGGGAUUUUAAUAUAAUAAUAUGAAAUUUAGAUUCUAUUCUAUCAGACAAUUUGUGACUUCCUACACUAAUUAUAGUUGCUGCCAUAACUAAAAGAGCUCAGAUUCCUUUUUCUGCUUGACUUCCGGCUGCCAUGGCAGCCCCAACUCCAGUGUCUGCCCUAGUUCAUUCAUCUACUUUAGUAACAGCAGGGGUGUAUCUUCUAAUUCGAUUUUCUUUCUUACUAGAAAUCCGCUGCUUAUAUGCUCUGACAAUCAUUUCUCUAAUAACAAUAUUUAUAUCAGGGAUUGUUGCUAUCUACGAAUUUGACUUAAAAAAGGUAAUUGCUUUAUCUACUCUUAGCCAAUUAGGUAUAAUAAUGUUUGCUAUCUCCCUCACUUUAUAUAAUGUAGCUUUUUUCCAUCUUUUAUCCCAUGCUCUUUUUAAAGCUCUUUUAUUUCUCUGUGCGGGGGUCUUAAUUCAUGGAGUGGGAGGGUCCCAAGAUAUGCGUCAUUUUGGAGGGCUUGCCAAGUCUUACCCCGUUGUUGCAUCUUGCUUAAAUUUAGCAAAUUUUUCAUUGUGCGGAAUCCCUUUCCUAGCAGGAUUCUAUUCAAAAGAUAUAAUUGUUGAGCUAGCUUGUCAAAAUUCAUACGGGGUGUUUAUUAUAAUUAUAAUAUUUGUAUGCCUAGCGUUGACAGUAAUAUACUCUCUUCGUUUAGUUUUUUUUAGAUUUAGUAAUUUAAAAAAUGGUGUUCCUUUACAAUCGCUUUGUGAGCAAGAUAAAACUUUAGUAGGUCCUGUAGUAAUUUUAACUUUAAUUUCUCUCUUGUCAGGGCCUUCUUUAAUAUGACUAAUAUUCCCAUUCCCGUCUAUUAUUCUAUUGCCCCCUUUAUUAAAGCUAGCCGCUUUAAGACUUAUUUCUGUCUCUGUCAUCACCAUACUUGGGUUGAGUCAAAUUAGUCUGACUCAAUUAAAUGAGAUAAGUUUAGUAAGUUAUUUUAUUGGCUCAAUAUGAUUUCUACCUGUCUUAAGAGGUCAGGGUAGUACUUGAUUAGGGUUACGCAAAAGAAAUUAUGUAUUAAAAAUUUUAGACCAAGGAUGAUUAGAGUAUUACAUUAACUUAGUUUCCUUUUCCACGCCUAAUAAAAUCAACACUUUAGUUAUAAACAUUCAACAUAAUAGUCUAAAAGUACAUUUUAUAGUAUUUUUAAUGUGAAUCUUAUUAAUACUGAUUUAUAUUUUUU